AUGACCCCGAUGUGCAAUAGCCACACGGCACUUUUCAUUUCGCACAGAUUCUACGAACGAGAGGAAGGAGAGAGGACAAAAUCACACGCGCGCAGGUCCAAGCGCAGGACGAAGUUGAACCCGACACCGAUACGCCGCCGGAAGGAAGAACGGUCCAUCGACAAACCGUUUCCUUCAGCCACCGGAAAACCAUCGCAACUUUUCCGGCCGAUUAAAGCAUCAGCAGCAACAACAACCGCUGGUCAGAAACCAGCGCGGCCGAUCGAUGUGAUCGCCCAUCAUCGCCCGUCAUCGCAGCAGAACGAUCGACAGCAGCAGAAACCAACAGCAGCAGAACUGGAGCAGAAGGUGGAGAAGCAGCAGCAACAGCAGCAGCUGCAACAACAGCCAGAGCAGAGCGGGAUGAACAACACCCCACAGAAGCCAAAAGUAGUGGCAGCCUUCGCUGGUGGAGGAGCUCCACAAGUGCUACUGUCUGCGGUAAAUGAGUACGACACGGCAACGCGGAGGGUUGAUGUAGCCGAGCGAGCAUUGGCGUCGGCUAAGACUACUAUCGUCCUAGCCCCUCCGAAGCAGGGCAAGGAGAAGCAGAUUGGUGUGGAUAACACGCCAGGUUCUGUGACUCCAAAGAGGACAAGAUCCUCGCCAGGAGACGGAAGACCAGGCGGGCCCAAAAAGGAGACGCUCGAGGAUGCUGUGGCUGUUGCCGAAGAAAAAGACGACACCCAACAGGGAGACAGCUGGAGUACCGUUCAGCAGCAGCGAGAACAGCCUAGCGAGUCCAUACGAAGCACGAGCGGCAACAAACCAACUGAACGCCAAGGAAAGCUAGGAUUUCAGGUGUGCACACCGAAACCAAGCGUUACCCAAGAAGACCAGCAGUCUGGGUUACCUAAAGUGACGAAGUUGAGACAAAAAAAUGAAGAACUCUACGCAUUCGUGAAAAGCAAGGGCAACGUGCACGGACAUAUCAAGGAUCUAGUGAUUACCAUCAAAUCUGCCGUAGCAGCAGCUGAAUGCGAACAUAUGGCGUUACUAGAGCGAGCUGAAAAUGCCGAAAAUGCGCUGAAGUCCACAGCGAUAGAAGAAGCAGAAGCCUAUGAGACACCGAAGGGCGGCCGGGAUUCUCGUUCUGUGAAAAGAAUAAGGGAAACGCCAGGAGAGGAGGAGGAACCGAAGAAGUCCAGGAAGGCGAUAGGCCAGCAAGAAAUAGUCAACCAAAUAAAUCAGUCGAUGGCGAAUAUGUCCAUCAGCCCCGACGGUUCGAAUAUUGGUAGGAAAUCAACGGUGUCGUCUAGUCAAAACGACGAUAACGCUUUCGUAACCCCAGCAACGAAACCCAAGCAGUCCCGAAUCGGUUGCCAUUCGACCGUCACAGAACCGGACACGGAAGCUUCAUCUAAAGCAGCAGCCACCGUUUUUAGAACCAGCUGCCAUCUUCCUCAGUAA